GGCGAGACGUGAUUAUCGAGUGAGGUUGCCUGCCCGCUCGAGUUCUGCAGUUCGCUCGAUGUUUCGUCGAUCGCCAUCUUGUUGUGACAGUGAUAACAAGAAUCGAUGCGUUUUUACUCGGUUACGAUUCUUUAAUCAUCAAUAUUAGGCGGCAAAUAAAUUGAUCUGUGAUCGGACUGAUUGGGAAUCGAUAUGAAGAAAACAUCGUCUUUAGUGUGGAGGUUUUUUGACCGACUGGAGGAGAAUCAACGAUGUGUUGCAGUGUUGUGUAAAUUAUGCGAUACGCAAUACAAGUAUUUCGGUAAUACGACGAAUUUGAGAACGCAUUUAGUGAAUAAACAUCCGAUACAGUGGGAAUUGCUGCAGAAUGGAACCUUGGACGAUUCGAAUUUCCGUGUCUUCGACGAAGAUGAAAGCACAAACCAAAGUACUAGUGCGCCUCGAAGGAAGAGGUUUACUAAAAACUACAAAAACGAUAACGUACGUUAUUCCGUAUCUGUUAAUAAAAAAGGAAAUAGCCGAAACCCCUCUACAGAAAACUCUAUGCCGGUUAUAGAAAUACAGCGGGUUGAUGUGCUAGAAAAUUCUGAAACUGACAAUGAAAACCCGGCAGAAACCAACGGGGAACCAUUGAACAUAGUCAGGCAGAUGCAAGCCUCUGACGAAGAGUGGCUCAAUGAGGAAAUCUACGAGACAGUGGACUACAAACCAAAGCGUAAGAAGAAGUACAGGACUAUCAAGAGAGAAGUGCUGACACCUCCACCCAGUGCUCCAAAGUAUAGGGUUGUACAAAAUCCUGCAUACUCUAAACCAAUGCCAGAAUGUGUAGUUGUAGAUAAAAGCCAAAAAAAAGAUGAAUAUUGUGUGUUCGGAGAAUACGUAGGUAAUAGACUUCGCAAAUUCAAAAAUCCUCAAGUCCGAGGCAACGUACAACAGUUAAUAUCCACAAUACUGUGGCAAGCGGAGUAUGGACUCUAUGACAAUAUGGAGACGGUCAAACGAGUCUUGUUACAUUCUGUGCAAGGAAUGGAUGUAGAACAAAUCCCAGAACAGGUGGUCAUUGAAGAUCUAACAAAGGAUAAAGAGGGUGCAAAGAUUGCGGAUUGAUUAACUAAUUGUACCUACCAAAGACUAAAGAUAAUUCAUUUGUAAAUUGGGCUAAUGUAAUUAUUGUUUGAUAUUAAUAAAGACUUUAUAAAUA